GUUUUGUUAUUGUUCUAAAAUACUGAUUAUCUACCUGUCAUAGCUAUUUACCUAUUGUCAUUGACAGCUAUUGUUUAUUAAGUGGCGUCUCAUUGAUAGGAUUUCCACUGGAUAUUAAGGGCCAGAGAUUUUGAAGAAAUCAGAAAUCAAAUUCUUAAUUUAUGGAAAGUUUAAUUGUGGAGACUUCUUCACUGUAAAACGUCAGCAUGUCCUUGAGAAUCCUGUGUCAAUGUACCAGAGCUGUUGUUGGAACACAGAAAUUAUUAUUUGGCAGCAGUUCCUCCAAGGGUUUUCAAUAUCUCACAAGACAUUGUAGCAACGAUCUAAAAAUUUACACACGCACGGGGGAUAAAGGCCAGACAAGUCUUUUCUCCGGACAGCGGCUUCCAAAGGAUAGUGACUUUUUCCAGGCUUUGGGCACAACAGACGAACUUUCUUCUCAUAUUGGGUUAGCCAAAGAAUUUGCAGAGGAGAAGAGUCACGAUUAUGUUGAUCAGUUGGAAAGGAUACAGUGUAUUCUGCAGGAUAUAUCCACAUUACUAGCUACCCCCAGAAAUCAGGAGAUAAUUGAUGACCCCGUGAGAGAGCAAAGAAUUAAAGAGAAAUUAUCCUUCAAUCCUCGACACAUUCUGGAGCUGGAAAGCUGGAUAGAUCAGUACACAUCACUCCUUCCUCCCCUCAGCAAUUUUAUCCUUCCAGGUGGAGGACGAAUUAGUGCAUCAAUACACGUAGCGCGAACAGUUUGCCGCAGGGCUGAGAGGUCCAUUGUUCCCCUGGCGACUUCAGGUCUGGUAGAUGAGCAGGUUUUGAUUUAUAUUAAUAGGUUGAGUGAUUAUUUGUUUACUAUAGCAAGGUAUGCCUCUCUCAGAGAUGGACACAAGGAAACUAUAUACUUUCGGCCGCAGUCAUCAGCAUCAUCUAGGAAAGUGAACAAAAAUGUAUCGGAAAGUCAACAGGCCAUUGGGGGUGAUAAUUAAAGUGUGUGACAGGUUCAGUAAAAGUGUUUGCCUAGCAUCUAAGGGAAAUUGGGUCCCAGAUUACCAAGAAGUAAAACAUCAGACUUUUGGAUGAUGCACAUGAGAUUUUAUGAAUCGCUGUAUUGUUGUCUGCAUUUGUUCUGUUGAAGGAAAAUGUGUGGCAGUAAAUUUAAUGCUGGAGUUCAUGUAGUAGAGUAUAAACUAGGUCAAUUUAAAUAAGGAAAUAUAUGUUUAUUUAAAUGAUUUUAAGCUUUUGUAAAGGAGAGGGAUAUGGAGUCAGUUAUACAGACCUUUUGGGAGGAUUUUCAAAACGUUCUUAGCAAAACAAAUUUUCAUACAAUAUGGGUAUUCAACAAGACUAUUUCACAGAGAUACUGAUAGCCUUCCUUAAUGCUUUUAAAACCUUUGCCAGCAUUUCUACCAUCCUUAAAAGAAAAUCAUUACUGGUCUCUUCAGCUUUGUAAAUUUAACCCUGUUGCAAUUUGUUCUUAAGAUCAAUGGUGAAAAGUUUAGAUUAGUAUAGCACUCAGCAGCAUGAACACAGCAGAUUGGGAGUUUCUACCAAAGUUGAUUUGCCAGACGCCCUUAAAAUUUGGAGCCAACAUUGUUGGAAACUGCUUGGACUAGUUACAGUAUUAUCAUUUUCCAGCAAAAUGACAAGUAGUCCAAAAAUAGGAUUGCAUUUUGAAUCCUGGUACUUACCACCUAUGUGACAAAUUCUCCAGUGCAACUGGAAACCAGUCAAGAAAAAAUUCAGUGUAAUACAAUCAUGGUAUGGCAGAGUUAAUAUAUAGCAUCAUUCAACAGGGCCAGUAAAUGGGAGGAGUCUCAUCUCCCUCACCUCAGAGAAUCCUGUGACGCAUUAGUAAAGACCUCAGUUUUGUAUUUUGUAUGUUAGGGAAAAUACAAAUUACAUACAAAAUUUGUCAUAUUAGUGGUCCUAUUAUAAAAGUUUAUUAAUAACACUUAACUAAAAAGUGUACAAAUAAUGACACAUUCAAAGGGCUAAAUGAUAGGUAAAUUUGGAAAAUGCAUUUUUACAACCAUAAAAACCACAUGGUAGACUACUUUGUAAGGGCAAAGCUUGUAUAUAAGCCUAGUAGGCAGUGAAAAUGUUAAGUUCCAUUGAAGUUGGCACUUAUUGGCUGACCUGUAACAGAAAAAUGGUAAUAGUAAUGUCACCACUUUGUUAUUCAAAGCACCUGUACAGUAAUAUUUUGCUACCUUCAUUCUGGAUUGACCAUCAUUCCACAUGAUCAGAUGCAUGACAAAUAAACUUUUACUGCUGUCAGACAUCAGGCUUCAAAGCAGGGACAUUUUUAUAAGUAUAUGUUUUUAAGAUGAAUGUAAGCCCUAAGUCGAACAUGAAAGAAUUUACCAGCUCUGGUACCCUUUUCAGUUUUCUUGAAGCAUUCUGUUAUUGAUUGUAAGUGGUUGGGACUGUUACUAACUACAGUCAGUCACUGCUGUUUUAUUUUAGACUUCCUUAACAGAAGAAUUUUGAUACAGGUUAUAUCUUUCAUGUUGCAUCUUUGUUGGAACUGAAAAUGUACAGAAGGCUGUUUACCUUCUUCCAAUUUGUAUGAAUUUAUUAACAAUGAAGAAUUAACUUGUUUUUGUACAAAGCAUUUAUAUUUACAAAGUUAAGACCAUUGCUCAUUUACAGAAGCAAAAAGAUUUCUUACACCUCUGCUAGGUGCUGUUAAGUAUAUGUAAGACAGUUAUGAAAAUAAGGAUACUACUUGUUUAAUGCUGUAGACCACAACAGAUAGGGUCCCUAGCUGAAGUCUUUCUUCAUUGAUACAAAAAAGAUAUAUUUGAAUUUGUUAUUGGAAGAGAAUGUAUGUCAAUUCUUCCUCAGAAAGGAUUUGGAAAUCCAGUGUGAACUUUAAUAACGAUGUGUAUGGCAGCUGUGAUGCUGAAUUUUGUCUGUAUAAAUGUAAAAGGAUUAUUGUUCAGGUUUCAUCCAUUUAUUUUUUCUCUUGGUUUAACUUUUGCCAAGUUUUCAUGUAUAUGGCCUGCAGCCUCUUCAGUUUUAUAAGGUAACAGGAAGACAACAGUUAUAACUUGCUCGUGGUGGGAAGUCUUGUCAAGAUCUUGCAAAUUGCAGCAUAGCCUGCAUGAUACAUAAUGAGCAUGAAGCAGUUUUGGUUGAUGUGAUGAUGACUAAGUAAUGUGUAUUGUCCACUCGUAUGAUUAUGUGCUCAUCGCAAUUUUAAAUGUUGUUAAUGAAACAUUUUUAAGGGAAAUGUUUUUAGUUAUUGUGAAACUUGCAUAAGCCUCACAAUAUGUACAAGAUUAUCAGCAGCUUUGAGUGACAGUUAAAAGAGGUCCUCUUGUUAUAUAGUCUAUCAUUUUGUGCCUGUUGCAUAUUAGGACUGGAAGUUUUGAAUUUGAGUAAUAUAUAUCAUGAUGAAAACUGUGUGUCAGUUUUACAAGUUUAAAAGAAAAUUGUGUACAGACCAUAGUAAGAUUGGACACUUAAACUGAUUCCUUGACUCUGACAGCAUUGUGUUUUGUAACAUUAUUCCUGCAUAUCUAUCCUCACUGUCAAGAAAUAUACAGCACUACUGUUGAAGGGAUCACCCUAGCAUUAAUCUAGUCAUUGUAAGUGUUAUAUUGUACAGAAUAGAGAUUAUCUUUGUUAGUGAAAAUUGUUGUAAAAACUGUUGUUGUGAUGGUGUUUGUGAGGUUUUACCGUAUAUUCUCUGGUAUCAUGCGAUUUUGAGGGGACUGAUUUUCUGCCUAAUUUCAGGGAGUUGCGUCAUACAUUUAAGUACAAAAUCACAAUGUGUGUGUUUGUGGCAUAUCCCAACUGUAGCACAAAAGUGUAGGCUAUAUUACACACCAACUUCAUACAUCAACUUGAUUACUAUUAGGUAAUAUAAAAUUUUAAAACACAUAAAAUACUAUGAUAAUUCAUGUUGACAUAUACAGUUUAUAUAUGCAUGCUCAUGAAAGAAUAAAUAAGUUAUAUUAUGAAAGUAAACAGCAUUUUAUUACUGACUUUUGAAUUGCAUGGAUUUACAAGGGUUAGAUUAGUGAAUGUAAAGAGCAGCAGAUUUUGAUGAUAUAUGUUUGUUUAAUUCUUGACAUUUUGAGUAAAAUAUGAUAGUACUGUACCUGCAAAGACAUUUCCAGACAUUUGUUAUGUACUGAUAGCUGUGCAUACCCUUAACGAAAGGUAAAUAGUUAAAUGAUUGAAUGAACCAUGCAAUUUAGGCUAUGAAGCCAAGCACCAGAGCACUUUGGACAAGUUGUAAGAUUCAUGAUGAAAAGAAGAGUAAAAUGAAAGUUGUUUUAUUGUAUCAUCAUGCCUUGUGUGUUUGUGUUGAUAUUCAAGGCAGAAAGGAAACUAUAAGUUUUUAAACAGCAUUGUUUAUGGCUAAAGUUUGGCAAGCAUGGCAUAUUCUAAUAUACCAAAAAUGAAACUUACACAAUAUAUCAGACGUGUUUGGAACUGGAGUCAGAAUUUUGAAAUAUAAGAUCAGCAAGAUCGGAUGGUAUGGGAGUGUAUACGGUACAUUAGUUUUUCAGAGUCUACCUAAUGAUGAUAAUAAUCAUUAUAAGAGACUCAGAGUCUCACAUUAUGGUUAAAAGUAGCUAGCAUUUUGAAUGUUAACUGUCCUCUUGUUCUUCUCAUAUUCAGGAUUUCAAAGCAUAUUACCACGUUGAUAGACUGUUUUGUGCUGCUGUAACUAUUUGACUUUAUUGAAAUCUGCAUAAAAUUCUAUUUCUUGUUGUCUGUUUGCAGAUGAUGGUUGAGUGUUAGGCUUAUAACUUAGAUUUUUGUUUGAGUGUUGUUUUAGUGGUCUCAGAAUGCACUCUUGGCCUUGUGGUAGUCUGGAAGAAUAUGUGAAAUGUGUGUGUGUGUGUGUGGUCACUUUUAACCCUUUCAGGUCCUAGCCAUGGCCAUUUCAGUCUUAUCCAUGUGUACACCAGAUUGAAAGUCUGGUAUACGUAUUUGCUAACCGGUAAUUCCCUUUGAGUGGUUAUUGUAAAGUUAUUUUUUACUGUGGAAGAUACAUUCUGGGUAAACCUUCCCAGUCCUGCUGCAUACAUCAUACAGAGAAUUUUCAGUGAGUUGACAUGUUUAUGUAUGUCAUUGGCUUCUGAAAGGGUUAACAUUUUAUACUGUCAACUAUGUGUAAACCAAAUACAGUAUGGUAUGGUUUUGGACAAAAACUUCUUUCAGUUUUCUUCUGAAUAUUGAAAAAGAAACCCACAAAAUCACUGUGUAUAACUUGUUUACUUGUAAGUAGUAUUUACAUAUUUUACUUAACACUCAAGUACUUUCAGGCCUUAUCUGUGGCCCUUUCUCAAUAGAUGUGCCUACACAUCUCUUGAGAAAGGGCCACAGAUAGGGUCUGAAAGUACUCAAGCAUUGAGUAAAGUAAUAUGUAAAUACUUACAAGUAAACAAGUUAUACACAGUGAUUUUGUGGUUUUAUUUUUCAAUGGUAUGGUAUGUUAGUGUUCCUUUUAAUUUAUAGUACUUCUUAGCAUUAAAUGUGUUUAUGUAGAUUAUAAAUCCCUAUAUUUUUGGAUAAACAUGAAGUGCCAAAUAGUUAGUUACAAGGAAAGAAACAAGCCAAAAAAAUAUUAGUGAAUAUCCCUUGCUUUCCCACCAGCUAAAAACCACUACUUCUUGACUCAUAUUUAUCAGUAGCAGAUUUGUUUACUAUCAAGUGCUCAUCAGAUCCUUCAGGCUUGACCUAGUAAGAUGCCUGUGGAGGUAUGCAUACACUUCACUCACAGUUAAUAAGAAACAUUGGAUGUUUUUUCCAGUGAGCUAUAAAGAUUAUAGCUAGCACCACUCCUGAUUGUUAAAGCAUCAAUAAAUGCGGAAAAUUCAUACCUUGAAGACAAAACUAACUUUACGUAUAUAUUCAAAGGGUAUUAUGUCUCAUUUUAGCACCCGUAAACUUGGAUGUUACUUCCAUUUCCGGGUUUAACACCAAGAGAUGACGUUUUAAGGUCUAUACAUAGAAGUAUAUUAUUCAUCUGUCAUUUCAUUGCUUCUUUUUUGUGAUAACCAUCUCUCGCACAAUGAUAUAUAUCGGUUUCAUAUCAAUUAUGCUACUGAAAAAUAGUCAACUCUCAAAGCCUGGGAACCUACUCUCAAAGCCUGGGAACUUACAUCAAAUGUUUUGAAACUUGCAUACUUUCUAAACUUAAGGGUCUGGGUCAUCUCAGAGUAAGUGAUUUCACAAGGCAAGAUCUUACUUGUUCUUGUCACAAAAACUGUCUUAAGCCCCAUCCACACGGUCAAGCUUUGCUCGAUGUGGUGUUAGAAGCGGGAAAAGUCAGAACAUCCGCUGUUUCUCCGCUUCUGACGUCACAUCGAGCAAAGCUUGACCGUGUGGACGGGCCUUUAGGGUCUUGGUGAAUAGAAAUAAAUGCUAUGAUACAUGAGAAGGAAAGAGGCACUAGGGCUGGAAAUAAAAGUGAACUUAGAAUUUAUGUAAUUUACUAAAUUUUUUGUUGUUAAUUACAUGGGAGGAGGUAGGACUUAGCUUCGUUGCUGAAUGACACUAGUAUUAUUAAUUAUGACAGUAUAAAAAUGUACUAAAUAACUUUCAUAGGUUGAAGAAAAAUAAUACAUCUAUAUAGUAAUAAGAUGUGCCAGAAUAGUGUAGUAUUAAUGGCCAGAAAAUACAGUGAUGAUUAAACCAUGACUUUGCUAGUUGCUUGUUUAUUUGUUUGUACUUUGCAAAACUCAUAACACUUCAUCUGAUGAGGUUUAUUUUUUAUUAAUUUAUUCUGAUAUUAAACAAAUGCUUCCCCUUGUUACAAUAAGUGUGAAUCCUUGUUCAAAUCUAAUACACUAUAAUAUAGUUGCAUCCCUUAAUACGCUAUAUGUUUAGGUUUAGGUACGUAUAAUACUUUCAGGGCACAAAUUUCCUAUCAAGAAAAUUUUAUAUUUUAACAUAUUUGUAUUUUAUCAAUAAGUAUUUUUCAGAAGCGGUAUAGGCAUAUCAAAGGCGCAUAGGUUGAAACAGGAUUGUUUUCACGGAACUUUAUUUAUUUUCGCAUACAGUGUAGAGCCAUUACUGAAAAACUUUACAGUGUACAGACAUAAACGUUUUCAUCUUGA